AUGGCCACGUCGGUUGGUAACAUUGAAGAAAUUCUUCCGUUUGUGGAUUGUGAAAUCGAAAGCAAUGUUGAUCUCAAAGUACCAUCAACUAAACGACCCAAAUUCGCUCAAAGAUCAAAACAAAAAUCGAAUUCGAAUGUCAGCAAUAAGAUCGGCGACACUUCUUAUCUUUAUUUUGAGAACUCAGAGAAUGACAGUGAUUUACUUGUAUUCGCACCUUAUACAGGACCAAGUAAUACAUCGCAUCUCGGCAACAAUCUUUCUAUUCCACAGUUACUCUCGGCUACUUCAGCACAUGAUUCAACUCGUAGUUUGCAAAAUUUCCUCUAUGAUUAUGAUAAAAAACUAACAUCAUUAAAGACAACUUUGGAAAUAAUGACAUUAUUUAUUUACAUACGUUUCGGGAUAUUUUAUAUUACUCAUUCUAAUUUAUCCAACAAUCAAUCAAUACCAGUAAAAGCCUUUACCUCUCUUCGAAACCGAGGUGAAAGAUUUAAAAGUUCCUUUUAUACAUGCAAAGGUGUAACAACGCCAAAGACUUUAGUAAACACAAUACUUAAAGACAACUAUCGACAAGUCUGUUCGAAUAUUUACUCAUACGACAUACAACUGUACGGAACAAAGACUAAUCCUCAUGCGCAACUUCAAUUUCAAUAUGAUGAGCAAUGUCAAUGUCGUUCAGUACAUUAUCAACAAGAUUAUCCAACUAAUUUUAACUUUAUUCGUGAUAAAACAUCCAGUCGAUUUCGUUCCACUGAUAAUUCUUAUGCAGAUAUAUUCGAUUUUCGUAUUCAAUUAGUACAAGGAAAACAUCUGACAAACACCGAUCCGGCUGUUCUUGAAAUUCUUCGUGGCGUACCGAUCAAUAACGUCCUAUCAUUCGAUCCCUCAACACAUGCGAUACAAAUCUCGCCGCAACUCCAAAAAUAUGUCAAAUAUUUCAAAUGUACACGUUCAACAAAGUACCAAAACUCCGACGACUCAAUUCUCAUCAGUAUGAGUACAUACGAAGAAUUUCAAAUGACUAAAGAAGGUUUCUGGGAACCAUUGAUGACUGCAUCGAAUACCAUGAAUAUAGAAUUCCUUAACGGAAAUGAUAUUCCAUCGGGAAAGAAACUUUAUGAUACAGGAAUGUGGUUUUCCACCUUAUGUCAAGCAUGUGUAGAAUUACCUUCCGGAACAAUUAAAAAUGCACAUCGGAAGAAAACACGCCGAUGGUUUUCCGAUGUCUUGUUUUGUAAACAAGAUCAAUCGAUAACAAAGAUGAAUGUGGAUCAACUAACUCGAUAUACAACGAAUAAAACGCAGAAAUCGUUUACUAGUGAAGAAUUAGCAUUUGUGAAGAGAAUUUUACUAGAGGAAAACACACGAGCGAUAUUUUUCGAUGCAAACGAAAGUCAAAUAUGUACCAUGAAAGAAUUACAACAAAGAUUCGUAGAUUUACAGAAGAAAUUACAAGCGAAUGCUGCACCAUCAGCUGGUCGAGCAUUGAAAAAAGUUCAGGACGCAUAUCAGACCAUAAUGAAACAAUUUAAAUUGAAUUCUAAUAAAUAA